AAAAUGCCUCAAAUCGACACACUCGUUCAUAUAAAAGCAAAGAAAAAAGAUAAACAGGGUUUAAACGCUAUCUCUCAGUUUCUUACAUUCAAUAUAAUACGCUUGUUAUACUUAAAAAAAAAAGAUCGUCACGUGAUUGAAAGUAAGGUAAAACGAUUUCUCGCCUGUUGUAUAUAAUAUCGUGUAGUUAUAAAUUAACUAGUGACAUACAUCUCUUGGAAUGGUCAUACUUAAAAGGCCGGGUGCGUUCAGGCGUGUAUACUUGUUCGCGGAUACUAUAAGAAAAAACAAUUACUUGCGGCGAAGCGAAACGCUCAGACAUUACAUAUUAUAUUCUUUUCUCGUCAAAAACAGUAUGUAAAUAUUUUUCCAAACUAAAUACGAUCAUGUGCCACGACAAUAAGGGACCAAGUACGUACGUACAUAUAGUCAACUAAACGCAAGCACGUGUCCUACGUACAAUCGACAAGAUCAAUUUGUCGCUUACAGUAAUACAUGUGUCGAAAAAUAAGUUCACGGUCAAGUACCGCCGCGAGUACUUAGCCGGACAAUUUGGCGCGCAAUUGAAAUAGCAGUGUGCGUACACGUCACAGCGGUGGAGUAGAGCUGCUCGAAUGAGCUUUCGGCCGUGGCGGGGGCAUCAGAGAGCAAUAAGUGGGGACCGCAAGUCUUCGGGCCGCGAGUCAACCGUGCGAUCAGUCGCCGGCUAAGCGCGUUUUGACAGCUUCGGGGUGCUUGUACCAGCUACGACAAGGCGCUUGGCCGGCUUCGACCAUGGCAGAUUUGCACUUCGCGGCGUUUAUCCUGCUCGGUUUUCUCGUUACUGGACCCACUGUUACCUUUGGUAAAUUUUUUUAAUUUUUUAAUUUUUGAGAGUGGUUCGUAUUCCGUGUAGCUUUUUUUAAGACAUUGGCUUGUACGGUAUUUUUUAUUGGUGGUGCAAACUCGCGGAUUACUAAAAUUGUUCAAAACGUGUAAAUCAAUGAAAGUGUCAAACAGCUGGGGCUUUUCUUAUUAAUAUUAUUCGUUAAUUCGCGUUUCAAUCGCGCCCUCGUACUAGUUUGUGCAAUCGAUCUAUAAUUAAAAGAAACGCUUAUUUACUCUUGAUUUAAUUGCGCUUCAGAUAAGAAUUCGUGUUUUAUCAAGCGAGCUUUAAAGACAAAGAAAAACGAGUUAUUUCACUAAGUCACAUAUACAUAGUGCUUAUAGUGUUUCUAACAUAAUCAAGAAAAUAAAUCAUUAUUCCAGUCAAGUCGCGACGACCUUUCAAACAAGCGGAUAAAAAUGUAUCGUUCGCGUGUAUACCUAUAUCAUUGAAGGCGCUAUGUACAUAUACUAGUAUUAUGUGGUGAUAAAACAUAGUUUCAAAAUAUAACGUCACGAGUUCAACCACGUGCAAAACAGCAAACGUUAAGAUAGGGCACUAUUGUUAUUAAUUAAAGUCAUAAAUAAUUAUCAGGCAGUUUCUCUUGUUUGCCGUGUACAGUACACAUAGUUUGUUAAACAUUUUUUUCCUUGUUCGUCAUCAUCUACAAGUAAAUUUUAUUUUAUUACUUUACGAUGCAAUGAGCUUUAACAGGAAAUUGUACAACGUAAUUAAAAUGCUAGUAUUUGAUGUGGAUAACAUUAAUAAGAAAUUUAAUCUUGUUUUUUUGAAGAUCAAUUAAAAAAAAUGUAAUAAGUACCACGUAUGUACGUUUUUCAUCAAAAUACGCAUGUGUGUGUGCGAUUUAUAUAGUUAACACUAUAAUCAAGAUAAAACUGUUUUAAAAACUCGUGACGCUUCCUCGUGCUUAUUCAUAUAAUUACUCUCCAACAUUCUGUAACCUGUUUUGCACUUAUCGUAUCACUCGCGAUGCAAAAAAAGAGAAUAUUUUAGUGGAAGCAGAUAAUACGGCAAGCACUUUGCGUCAAGUGAAUUUGGUCAUUCGUCACGGAGAGAGAAGCCCUCAAACUACUUAUACAAACGAUCCCUACAAGAAUGAUCCAAUGGAACCAUUCGGAUGGGGUCAGCUAACAAGCAACGGCAGAAUAGCCCAAUACAACCAGGGUCUAUUCCUCAGGGAGAGAUAUGGCCACUUUUUAGGUACAAAAUAUAGUCCGGAAAUCUUUUGGCUACAGAGCACAGCAGCAGACAGGGCGAAGAUGUCUGCUCUCCUUGAAGCUGCUGCCCUGUGGAAGCCAGACGGUGACCAGGCUUUCAUAUCUGGACUCGACUGGCAGCCAGCUUCUUUGAACUAUCAAACUAGCGACAAGGAUAAUCUCCUUUUAAUUUGGUCUACGUGUCCCGAUUAUGCAAGGAUGAGAGAAGCUGUAGAAAAAUCUCCGGAAAUUCAAGAAAUUAACGAAAUCAAUCAAAACUUAUACAAAGAGCUUUCAAAAUACACCGGUGAUAAUAUCACUAAUCCGGACGAUGUAUUUGAUUUAUACUCUACUCUCGUAGCCGAGAAAACAAUGAAUUAUCAGCUGCCAAACUGGACAAACGAAUAUUUUCCGGACAUGUUAAAACCACUGAGUAGUUUGAGCUUAAAGAUGAACGUCUAUAAUGAAUCCUUACUAAAAAUGAAGGGAGGGCCGCUCGUCUCGAAAAUAGCGCAUGGUAUGCUGGAUCGAGCUCAGUCUAUAAAACCGUAUAAACGAAAAAUGUUUAUGUACGUUGGGCACGAUUCCACGAUUGUUAAUUUACUCGAGGGUCUGAAGGUUUGGGAUAUGCAGAUACCUGGCUACAGUAUUAUGACUAUGGUAGAACUUCAUGAGAAUGAAUUAGAAGGCUACAAUGUUCAGAUAUAUUUAAGAAAUUCUACACAACAUGAACCAUAUCCACUGACCAUUCCUGGAUGUGAUUUUGCUUGUCCAUUGGAUCAAUUUAUACAGUUAUUAAAACCUAUGAUAAUGACUGAUGGCGAAUGGAAAGCAGAAUGCGUAUUAAAAGAUCCUAACUAUGUUCCUGGUACCGAACCGUUGCCAUGAGAAUAGUUCCUCAGGUUAUGAACUUUUGUCUGGCAGUUUCAUUGUUUACCGUCCAUUUAUCAAAAGUGCGAAUAAAUAUGUAUAAAUACAUAAAAAUUCGCCAAUUUUUUUAACAAAAAAUGAAACAUGAAUUUGUCAAACGAAUUUUGACAUAACAGAAUUGGUCUCAGAUUGAAAAUGCAUUUUGCAAAUAAAUCUUGCAAAACUACACUGUGAUGUUAGAUUAUAAACUAGUUCGUUUGUAAAAAGAAUAUGUACUUCAUACCAAUUUAUAGAUAUAAGAACUUUUUAUGUUUUAAGUAACAUAUCAUUGGUUUAUUGGAUAUAUUAAAUUUUAUAUAAGGUACAUCCUUCUAUUUAGACUUUUACUAUACAUUGUUAUAUUUAUACUGUUAUUUUAAAGACUAUACUGCAAAUAUUUUUCUGAAUAAAAAUUUAGUUUGGAUUAAAGAAGUUCUAAAAAAUUAUGAUUAUAUAAAAUCUUCUUUUUUAUUUUAUUAACAAUCUAAAAAUUGUAUAUUAAAUAAACUUUGCUACGUCUAUUCUUAUCAGUUCAAUGUGUGUACAAUUAAGUCCAUCGGAGUUACUUUGAAUAAUAUAAGUUAUUACUUACAUACUUGAACGUUUUAUUUUGAAUACAAUCAUUGAAUUAGAAAAAAAUGCCUUAAAAUUUUCAAGCAAAAAUCUUCUCUUCUCGUCGUUUUUUAGUAACAACUGUCCCGGGUUUAUGCUGCGCCUCCGGAUGAUUAAGCAACUCUGGAGGACAUGUAGAAAUUGGACUUGCCAGAAUAGUUUGUUUAAGAUCAUAAAAUAGAUGACUAUCAUCUUUAGUACAAAACGAUAUAGCAACACCAGCCUUUCCAGCACGGCCAGUUCUUCCGAUACGAUGCGUAUAAUCUGUAAAAAAAUAUCAAUAUUAGAUUCUUAAAGUUUAUCUUCUUUUUGAAUUAAACUUUUUUUGCUAUAUGCACCUUCGAUUGUUUUGGCCAUAUCAUAGUUGAUAACCAUAGAUACAUCCUUAAUAUCGAUACCACGUCCAGCGACGUCUGUAGCAACCAGAAUGUCUUUACUACCGCCUUUAAGCGAAGCAAGGGCGUACUCUCUCUGUUCUUGUCCUUUACCACCAUGAAGUGUACAAGCGUUGUACUGAAAACCCACAAAAAUACAUGUUUAAGUAUAAAAUAAAAUUAUUUCAAUGAAA